CCAGUACAGUAACAUGGCGGUCUGAUGUAAGAGGAGUGUGAGUUUCAGCAACCUGAAUCAGUGGAGAGACCGCGGGUGGUGUUUAUAUUUCAUCAUUAGAAAAAGAAUAACGGCUGGAUGUAUAUGUCGGGCCUGUUCAUACGGUCCCGGUGAUCAUCCAGAGAGUCUUUCCCGGUAGCAGAGUUUGGGACUCGAUCUCGAGUGACCAGACGGUAACGUCAAGCAUCCCGGGUUCGGAACGAGGAUAUUCAGCCUUCGCCACGGAAGAGGAAGCCUGGGUUUCACGCUGGGCUGCUGAAUUGUGACUGAAAACUUCAAGUCAAUCAGUCAAAACCAAAGUAGGAACCACAAGCAGAAAGGUCAGCGUGAGCAGGAACUUGCUCCACAUAUGAGGAGGCAUCUGACAAGACAGCCACCGCACCAGAAACCCAGGGCAUAUGGAUCCCAAUGACUCUGGAGAAGGGCAAGAGGAGCAGCAUUACGAUUUAACACCCAGCUCCAGAGGACGACAGCGGAAGAAAAAUCCAAAGUAUUUUGAUUAUGAAACAGACGUAUUUGAUGUGGAAAGUGUCCAGCAAAAAACACCUACAGAGAAGUCAAGAGGAGAGGGAGCGACUUCUAAACAGACUCCGGCAAAGAGUGGAAAAGCUAAGAAUGCCACUCAACAGACUGCAGAUGGGGAAAACGAAGCAACUGACAAAACACCUCAACAGUCAGAUGGGAAAACCUCAGAGGACACACCUAAAAAGGUAGUUAGAGCAAAGAAGACUCCAGCCAAAAAGACUCCAGCCAAAAAGACUCCAGCCAAAAUGACUCCGGCCAAAAAGACUCCGGCCAAAAAAACUCCCAACACUGAUGGGGACAUCUCGUCUGGGAAGGGUGAAGUUCUAGAUACUGUACAUCAAGAAAAUAGGACACCAAAGCCAAAGAGAAAGUAUGUGAAGAAGGAGCCUACAAAGGAAACGGAACCAGUUACAGAACCACCAUGUAAGGAGGCUGAAGGGGAACUUCCGAUUGAACCUGAGGGGGAGACCCAGCCAGGAGGCCGCCGUAGGAGAGGUGCUGCUAAAGCGGCAUUGAAAUACCUCCAUAAUUUGGCAAAAGAAGUGCUCGGUCAUUCCAAUGAUGAGUCAGGCCCACAGCCAGAGGCCAACAGCGAUAUUACAGAGGGGAAAAGUCUCAAAGGAAAGAAAGGGCGGAAAGGCCGCAAGAGAAAACUGGCCGACUGUGACAGUGGUGCAGAAGAUGAGGACUUUGUUCCAGAUGUUGAAGAUGAGGAUUUUGAGGAAGUGGAAGACGAAGAAGAAGGAGAGGACUCAGACACAGACUUUAGGACAGUUGGAAGAAGUCCAGCAACUUUUCACUGCAACAAGGCCUUUACGGGCCCAGGCGCCAGAAUCCCCAACGGUCUCACCACUAACUACAUGAGAACUGUUUGGGAGUUCACUGAGACGACUAAGAAAUUCCGGGAGGAGCACUACAGCAGCUGGGUGUUCCCAGAGUGGGUCCCCUCCACCAGUGACUGGCGCCUUGUACCACAAAGUGAUUUGGAGAAAUACCUGCCUCAGGAGCUUCAGUCGGCUGCUUUCAAAGUGUCCAGAGAAGGCCUUCGUAAGGAGGAGACACCUCUUCAAAGACUCAAAAGGUUCGCAGCAGUGCCUGCCCACCCGGAUUGCUGGGACAUGUUCCUGUAUGCAGGUGGACCGGUCUGGGCCCUGGAGUGGUGUCCUACACCUGAUGGUGCUCCAGCAUCCCAGUACAUAGCUCUGGCCUGCCACCGAGGGAUGGACGACUGGCACUAUGUCAACAAGAUGUACACCGGACCUGGACUCGUUCAGCUGUGGGACGUGGGCAAGCUGGAUUACAACAACAGACCAGACUCACAGCCAGCCUUGGCCUAUGGCUUGGCCCAGAACAAAGGCUUCAUCUGGAAUCUAAAGUGGUGUCCUGCAGGAGGCUGGGAGCCUCCCAGUUGUGACAGAAAGGCACCUUUUCUGCCCAGACUGGGUCUUCUGGCAGUUGCCACCUCCUCCAGUGUGGUCACCAUUUACAGUCUGCCCCACCCUGAUGCUCUACACUCCAACAAGAAGCUUGCUAACUCUGGAAAAGCCAGCGAACAGUUGCCAAUAUUCCAGGCAGAAGGAGUGUUAACACUGAAGCUGGGCUCCUUCAAAGCCCCUCGCCAUGAAAGGAGUGGACAAGUUCUGUCUAUGGACUGGCUGCCUGAAAAACCACACAAUAUAAUGGCUGUUGGAUUCUAUGAUGGUGUAGUAGGUCUGUGGGAUCUGUCCACAAAGUCUGCACUGUUGCGAGUGCGACAGUCAGACGGGUCAUUCAACCUGAUGCCCUAUCGAUGCUUCCUGGCUCACGACCACGCUGUCCGGGCCUUGGCCUUCUGUCCUGCCUCCAG